AUGGCUUUUCUCCUUCCCCACCUUCAACCUUCCCUCUUGGCCCAACCCAAAUCCAAAGACAAAUCAAACCUUCACCAAAAUCUCUCACCUCCCAAACCCAAUUCUCUCUUGCCAGUAUCUUCUUACUCUCUCCAUGCUUCUUCCACUGCACAAGUUGCACAGGUCAGCACACCGCAAGACAAUAAGCACCCAAAGGAUGAAUUCUACCUCAACCUUGGUCUUGCUGUCAGGACCAUCCGUGAGGACCUUCCUUUGAUCUUCAUCAAAGACCUCAAUUAUGACAUUUAUAGGGAUGACAUAACAUUCAUGGACCCCAUGAACACAUUUACUGGGAUUGAAAAGUACAAAUUGAUCUUCUGGGCAUUGAGGUUUCAUGGCAAAAUCUUGUUUCGUGAGAUUGCACUUGAUGUGUACAGGGUGUGGCAGCCUUCAGAGAAUUUGAUAUUGGUCAGGUGGAACCUCAGGGGAGUGCCAAGGGUUCCUUGGGAAGCCAAAGGAGAAUUUCAGGGGACUUCAAGGUACAAAUUGGACAGAAAUGGCAAAAUUUAUGAACACAAAGUUGAUAACUUGGCAUUCAAUUUCCCACAGAAUAUUAAACCAGUUUCAGUUUUGGAUUUGGUAAGUGCAUGCCCUGCAAGUCCAAAUCCUACGUUUUUGUGGGGUCCUGUUGACGCCUACUCUUCUUCAUGGAUAGCCUUUUACAAGGCAGUUAGAGAGACAUUGGAUGAAGAAGGGAGUUUGCUACCACAAGAUGGUCUAGCUACAUGUUCAUAG